AUGGCUGAUCAUCUUUCACAAGAUCUCUUGACCGAUAUAUUUUCAAGACUGGGUGUCAAACAACUUUGUCAGCUUAAGUGUCUCUCCAAAGAAUGGCUUCAUACAAUUUCCGGUAUCCAUUUCAAGAUGCAACAUCGCGAUCAAUCGAAGAAAAGGCCAACUCUAUCUCUUAUCAGCUCUUCAAGAAGUGAUACUUUGUUCAGGUCCCAACUCCUUCAUCUUUCUUCAAUAAACUCCUCUAAUUAUGAGCUGGUUCAUGAACAUGGAAGUAUAGCUGAAAUUGAACCAGGCUAUAAUGUGUGCAGUUCUGGGCUAGACUUGUUAAGUUUCUACCGAACUGGCUAUGUGGGAAAAAUAUGGAUUUGCAAUCCCAUUACCAAAAAGACACUAGCUUUGCCCAUUCUUUCACAUUUUGCUGGUCGAGCUUGUUUAGGCUAUGUCUCUUCAACAAAUGAGUACAAAAUUGUGGUAUCAUAUGAGAGGACAGUGGAAGAUCCUGAUGAUUGGGAAUUCUAUGCUGGUUUUGAAAAGAUUUUGUAUUUCAAUAUCCUAACCCUUAAGCUAGAGGAAGAAUCAAGUGUAAUAGGGCCAUGGAGAGAUUUGAAGUUGAGUUGCACACAAUAUUCUGGAACAUGUCGUCAACCUAUCCACAUCAAUGGGUUCAUUUAUUGGCUAGCCUUUGCAAAAGAUAAUACCUUUAGCAGUGAUCACGUGAGAAUUCUUGAAAUUAACUUGGCAAAUGAGGAAACAAAGACCAUUUGUUGUCCAUAUGGCUAUAGCUUUAGGUUUUCACAUUUGGCUGAAAUAAAUGGACAUCUAUGUUUAGUUCAGAAUGAAGUAGAUUGUCACAUGUUAAACAUUUGGAUGUUGAAGGACCAUGAAAGUGGAGCAUGGUGUUUAGAGUAUAGUAUUGAUGUUCAUGAGAGUGCUUAUAACUUCACUAUUAUUGGUUAUUUACCAAGAAAUAGUGAGAGUACUGGAGAUAUCUUGGUUAGAUCCUUAAAAGGCGAUCUCUAUUGCUAUGAAACUGAUACAAAAGAGUUGAAAGAAUUGCAGAGCUUAAACAAAGUAGAGUAUAAGUGGUGUGCUCUUUUUUAUGACAGCUUCUUCCCUAUAGGCAUGCCUGGACAAUAG